CGAGUUUUGAAAGGGCGUGGCCAAGUCCGCAUGACCUUAAUGUAAUCUUUUAUACCCCGUGCUCCGGCACUUUUCUGGUUUCCGGGCUCGGUACCAGUCGAUCCGCCCCUCUCGCCUUCUUUUGUCUCUCUCUCUCUCUCUCCAGGCGCACCAGGCAAACGAAGAGGAAACAGAUAAACAACAAACCCCCCAGGCCUGCAGACAAUGAGGCCCAGAAUAACUUCCUCGAUCAUCCUGGCCGCCGGGGCGGUCGCCUCUGCGUCGCCGUCGUGGCCGGCCUCCAGCAGCAGCAGCAGCAGCAGCCGCCUCGAUGCUCGGCAGUCGAGUUCCGAAUGCUCGGCAUUACACAUCAUCGGCGCGCGAGAAGCAAACGCAGACAUGGGCUACGGUUCCACGGAACCCUUCGUCACCAUGCUGCUCGAUAACCUCCCCGAGGUCACGGCCGAGCCUCUCAAGUACCCUGCCCUCGGCGGCGACGACUACCAUGCGAGCGUUUCGUACGGUCUUGGGGUCUUGAUGAACGAAACCCAGCGGAUUUUCGACCGCUGUCCGGAGACCAAGAUGAUCUUGGUCGGCUACUCGACGGGUGCACAAAUUAUAGACGACGUACUCUGCGGGGGACCCGACCCCCCCAGCCUGGUGACAGAUACGAUUCUCAUGCCACCGGAGAUAGGGAAGAAGAUUGCCGCCGUGAUUUGGUUCGGGAACCCGCGGUUCAUCGGCGGGAUGCCGUAUAAUGUUGGCACAGCAGAGUUGGGCGGAUUCGCAGCCCGGCAAGAAGGCUUCGUAUGCGAAACAUACGCCGACAGGAUCCGAUCAUACUGCGACGCCGGCGACCUGUACUGCUCGCAAGGCGACAGCGAACUCACACACGGCACGUACCCCGUCAAAUACGGAGGCUCGGCCCUCAGGUUCAUCCAGCAACGGCUGGGCAUUAACUCGACGGCGGGUGAGCCCUUUGAGACCCAUGGCGACAGGCCCAGCGCGGGCAACUGGAUCAGCAGGCCGAGCCACGGCGUCGGAUUUUUGGCACUGGGAACAACAUUAGCGCUGCUCCUUUCCUGAAGCGUAUUUUAUUUUCUUCGACGGAAUGACGGGCCGAGGGCCAAGUUGUUUCGAGCCAUGAGAGGCGUAUAUGGAGUCGAUCUGUGCGAGCAUAGGCGUCAGGGCGCAGGCUAUAUCUAAAAUACAUCUUGAUGGACGUUUUUUUUUUUUUUUAUGGCAUCAUCUGCCAGUGGGAAAGGGGCGAGGACCGACGGCGGAUUGAGACUCUCGUUUCCGACCUGGGAUACUGAGCUGUCUUAUU